AUGGAACUGCUGCGUCCUCCUCUUCUUCUUCUUCUUCUCCUUCUCGCCGUCGAUGCGUUCGGCGCGAGAAAAGUUUUGAAAAAAGUUGGAAAACGAUUCGUUCACAAAUGGCUACUACCAGGUGCGUAACUUUUGCCCUACGAAUCGAUAUUGAUAUUGUCGAGCGUUUGCGUUCAGCGACGUCGCAAGGCAUCGAAUUCUGGUUCAAAACGGCGGCGGAGAUCAACGAGACGCGCGAGCACUCGGCUCAAGUGGUCAGUCAGCACCUGCUCCAGCAGUCCUCCACCGAGAAUCUAGACUACGAGACGAGCGCCGAGAUUCUGACCAGUUUGAUGGGUUCGGACUUUGUCGGCGGCGUUUGUGGCGGUCCUCAGAUGGAGUAUUGUGAGUUGUUGUUGCUUUGGAAUUGUAGAGUGUCGUCUCGUCGAGACUCGUCUCGCAAAGUUGCGAGAAAUCUCCGUGUCUCGCCCUUGUGUCGUCUCGUUUUUUCUCGUACCUCCAAAAGUCUCGGUCUUUUCUCGGUGUCUCGUGCGAUUAGAAAUUUCAUUUCAUUUUUGAAAGGGUAUUUCUAUUUCUUCGCAGAAAAUACACGUAUCCAGUGCAUUCGACCUCAAUUUCUGCCAGUUGUUACAAUUUUUCUUAAACAUGUUUUCUGAUACAUUAAAAAAUACAUUAAGUAUCAUUAAGAUUAAGAUUAAGACACAUUAAUUUGAUGCAUUAAGAUAAUUAAGAUAAUUAAGAUAAGAUUAUGAAGAUAAGAUAAUGAAGAUAAGAUAAUAAAUUAAAGAUAAGAUAAUUAAGAUAAGAUAAUAAUAAUAACACAUUUAUUCUCUUCAGCCACCUAGGAAUAAAAUUAACAACAAUAAAAUUAACAUAAUGAAGAUAAGAUAAUGAAGAUAAGAUAAUAAAUUGAAGAUUAUCUUAUCUUAAUUAUCUUAUCUUCAUAAUCUUAUCUUAAUUAUCUUAAUUAUCUUAAUGCAUCAAAUUAAUGUAUCUUAAUCUUAAUCUUAAUGUAUCUUAAUGUAUUUUUUAAUGUAUCAGAAAAUAUGGAAAAAUUGUAAAAAAUGGCAGAAAUUGAGGUCGAAUUCACUAUUUUCUGCGAAGAAUUAGAAGUACUCUUUCAAAAAUGAAAUUGAAUUUCUGAUCGGGCGAGACAACGAGAAAAGACCGAGACGACACAAGGGCGAGACACUGAGAUUUCUCGCAACUUUGCGAGACGAGACGACACACUACUUUGGAAGUACAAAAAGCACCAAACGCUCGGUUUUCAGAUCAACUCAACGACUAUUGGAGGCGACAACGAGAGCAGUACAAGAGAAACGAUCGGGAGGUAUCCGCUGGGAUCACAUUAUUUUUUUUGUCAAAACAAAACUCGUGUUGCAGAUCCCGAUCUACAAGAUGCUUCCGGUCAACGACUACGUCUACAACUCGUUCCUCGUUUCGUUCAAACAAUACUCGCGAUGGGGAUUCGCCGCGACAGUCACCUACGUCGUGCGAAUGGAGCUGCUCGGCGGCACUCAGUGGUCGAACUACUCGUUGACGAGCAUUCAGGAGGCGGGCGCGUGCACCGAGUACGGUACGGUCGGUCUGAACAUGACCGAGGUGCACGUGACGUUGCACGAGACGGAUCCGACGCGCAAGGACACGCAACAGAAAGUGAUCAACCAAAUCGACGACUUGUUCUUUGCCAAGUCAGUUUUGUCAAUGGGGCGCGCUUGCAUCCACCUGUCGACUCGCAGUUUCUUUUUUCAAUUGAAAACCAGAAUUCGUUCGUUUUUCUCUUAAUAAACACUCUAAUUUUGUUCUUUGCGAACCGUAGGGCGAUUGUCUGAGUUAAGAGCAUACAUUUAAGCGCGAAACGGAGCAGAUUCGUUCAGAAUUGACCAAAUUGAGGGAUUUUGUCGAAAACUACUGAAAAAAACGGAGUUUUAACGAUGAUUUGCCGAAUCGAGUUCCAGUCAACAAGGAGUUUAUUGCGCGCAUCUUUUAAGCGCUCAACGGAAGAACACGGAAGAAUUUUUAUCUUUUUUUAGAAAAUUUUUACAUGGAAUGUGAUCAACUGACGAAAUGUAUAGCAAAGUGAACUCUGCUCAUAAAAAAAUAAUUGUAAAUUUAGCUUUUCAUACAAAAAAAUUAAGGGCUAACCGAAGACGGAAAGACAUUUUCACGGAACAACUCGAAUAACUUUUUUGUAUGAAAAGCUAAAAUUACAAUUAUUUUUCGAUGAGCAGAGUUCACUUUUCUAUACAUUUCGUCAGUUAAAAUUUUCUAAAAAAGAUAAAAAUUCUUCCGUGUUCUUCCGUUGAGUUCUUCCGCUCAACCGUCGAAAAAUAUACAGAAUUAAGAUAAUUGAGGCAAAUUUUCGAUUCCAAAAGGAAAAAAAUUCUGUAAUUUUCACAUAAAACGUGUCGAAAUUGAUGACGAUGCAGUUAACAUUUCAAUUUUUAUUCAUUUCUAAUAAUUCUCAUAAGUUUUGACACUGAUUGCUUCUGAAAAGAUGAGGAUAAUGCAAAAAAUGGGAAAAUUGAAAUAAAGAACUCUACAACAACGACGCUCCGGAAUUACGCGUUACGCGCUUUGUUUAGCGCACGUGAAUUGCGUGCCAAGGGAAUUUUUGAUUGGAAGGCUCGCGUUGCGUGUCAGGGGGGAAUCUUUCUUUACACAAUUUUUGCCUGCAGCCGUACCUACCUCGAUGAGAUUCCGUUCGAGUGGGUCAAAUUGGCGGCACGACACGAAUACCUAAAGGCCAGUGUUUGUCAUGACGGAGCCCUUCUACCGUACACCAAAUGUACACUCUUUUUUUGUUGUUAUUGUUUAGUCUACAAUAUAUAUAUUCAGACGAGUUGAUUCGUUGGUGGAAGCGAUUUCAGAUCAUGUGGCAUCACAAGAACAUGGAGGUGAGCCCGUGAAUCCUGUGCCGACAAACUUUUUUUUUGCAAAUUUCCAGCCAGGACCCGUGAAGAUACAGCUGCUCGGCGGCGAAUGGGACCGUUUUGUGUUCCGUGUCACGAUGCGCCUUCAAAUUGGCAAAGCAGCGGAGCGACCGAUCGAAGAGUGGAACUUUAAGGUUCAAGUGCAAUUUGUGAGUGUGUUCCCCGACGGUCCACACAUUCGGAUCACGUUUUGCAGAAUGUGCACGGUGAUCGCGAGUGGUACAUUAACAAGUUUGAGGUGAUGUGCCCGCCGAUUUCCGCCGACAAAAAGUUGAUGGAAAUGAGUGCGCAGGCGGUGAAGGAAGUGAUCGCAUCCAGGUAUUUGGGGUGGGCGGCAGAGAUGUUGGGAAUUCCGUGUUCCGUGUUCCGUGUUCCGUGUUCCGCGUUUUUUUGCAAUAUUUUUUCCGUGUUCCGUGUUCCGUAAAAAAAAAUUUCCGUGUUCCGUGUUCCGUAGAAAUAAGUUUUUCUCCGUUUUCCGUAUUCCGUGUUCCGUAUAAACUAUAUUUUCCGCGGAAAAAUUCGAUCACAAGUGGAUUCCAUUUUCAGUCGUUUUUUACUGUAGUUGUUUACUGUUGUGUUGUUGGUUUUGUUAUUUUUAUGAAAUUUUCAGUAAAACUUUCACAUGAGUCAAACAGCUGCCUUGUCAGUUAGAUAAUCGAAUUAAACAAAAACAUUAUUUAAAAAAAUCACUGGAAUUCUCUUGAAAAACGCUUUUUUUUCCGUGUUCCGUAAAAAUUUCCGUGUUCCGUGUUCCGUAAAAAAUUUUUCCGUUUUCCGUGUUCCGUUUUCCGUAGAGUAAAAAUUUUUUUAUUCCCAACAUCUCUGGUGGGCGGGCGGGCGGGCGGGCGUGCUGAACAAUGGAGUGUCGUACAGAAUCGGAAAGAUGGUCGAGCACCCGGAUAUGUGGUACACGGCCACUCACUUUUUGAAUGAUUUCAUUCUGAAGCCGGCGAUUAACAUUUUGAAUUGUGGCAGUGACGACGGAUCGGUGAUGGAAGACGCUAGAGAUCUUUGUGAGUUGAGCACGGUUUUGUCCGAUCACUCCCGGGGGAUACUGUAGCCCGUGGAAGUUCGUACACGCUUUCUUAGCUAUUGUUAACUUCUAAGAGCCGAAAGUGCGCUUAGAAAAGGCUGGACGGAAAAGUUGUCAACUACAAAAAUGCCGUUCACAUUUUGCACUUUAUUUUUGUAGUUGAUCACUUUUCUGUCCGACCACUCGCGGGGAUACUGUAGCCGUUAGAAUUGAGCGCACGCUUUUUUAGCUAUUAUUAACUUCUAAAAACUAGAGCGCUCUUGGGAGGUGUUGUACAAAAAAGUGGUCAACUACAAAGCUAAAGUUCACAUUUUGAACUUUAUUUUUGCAGUUGACCACUUUUUCAAAAAGUCACGCCUAAGAGUAGUGUAACCCUUUGAAAGUCGACGAGCCAGUUGUUUAGUGGAUUUGGAGCACAAAUUCUGGGAGGCGAACAAGAAAACGAACGGAAAAAUGGAGGGAUACGAUUUGGGCGGCGAGCAAGACAUUUCGCCAAUCGGCGAAGCGAUGUGGCUCCAGCUGUACAUUAUUUGGACGCCGUUGCACGAGAACACGGUACACGAGUCGAAGUGGACUUUUCAUCUGGAAUGGGUGCGGAGCAUCGUACUGUCCCCCCGACUGUUACAGUAUCUUUUUCGGUUUCAGGACACUCGCCUUCAGUUUUAUCACAUUGUCAAGAUGAUUUUCGCGUGUCCGCAAUCGGGCAAAGGCAACAAGUACUACAGUAGUCUGCGGCAGUACUGA